CGGCGACGGAUCCCAGUCGCGCGCUGAGUAGGGAGUGGGCGCUGUGGGGAAGGGCAGGUGAUGCGGCAUGGUUCUAGGGGACUUGGUUUGGGGAAAGGAAAGAAUAACAAGUCCCUGGGUCCAAAUCCCCCCACUUAGGCCUGCUUUUCAUUCAUUUUAUUUAUUCAUGGGGUACCGCCCUACGCCAUAGAAGCAAGGAAGCUAAAGCGGACAGGAGGAAAAAUAAGUGAACCAAGUCACUAUAGGCACAGGAUGCUUUGCAGAUAAUAAUGAAGAGUGAUGGGGUUGCUUUCAGGCUCAGAUGGCCUCCCGACACAUCACCCAAGAGACCUUUGAUGCGGCGGUGUGCGAGAACAUGGAGGAGUUCGAGAUGGGGCCAGAGGAGGCCGUGAAGGAGGCUGUGGAGCAGUUUGAGUUGCAAGGCGUGGAUCUGAGCACCAUUGUGAAGGUGGCAGCCAAGGCCUCUGCUGAUGGGGCCCUGGGGCCCACACAUGCUGUGGGGCAGGCCCUGGAUGACUUGCAGGAGGCCGUGGCUGGCUCGCAUCCCCGGGAGGUGUCAGCCCACCUGGCCCGCAUCUGCGAGCAAUGCUGUGAGGACAGGGCCUGCCGCUUCCUGGCGGCCCAGAAGGGGGCCUACCCUGCCAUCCUGGCCGCCUGCAAGCUGGCAGCCGCGGGCGAUCAGGGCCUCCUGCUGCAGGCCCUUGGUGCCCUGGCAGCACUCACCGAUGGCCAGCCUGACCUCCUGGAUGCCGAAGGCCUGCAGCUGCUGGUGGCCACACUGGCUCAGAACACUGAAGAGGCUGCCCUGACCUGUGCUGGGAUCCGCUGCGUGCGCCAUGCCUCCCUGAAGCAUGAACAGAACCGGCAGGCCCUGGUGAAGGCUGGAGUGCUGCCCCUGCUGACAGGCGCCAUCGCCCGGCACGGCCGCCACACCGACGUGGUCAGGGAGGCCUGUGGGGCCCUGCGCGUCAUGACCUUCGACGACGACAUCCGUGUGCCCUUCGGCCGUGCUCAUGACCAUGCCAAGAUGAUCGUACAGGAAAAUCAAGGCUUAAAGGUCCUUAUCAACGCAGCCAAAGCCUUCUCAGACCACCCAGGGGUCCUGGGUGAGCUCUGCAGCACCCUGGCCCGCUUGGCCGUGCGCAAUGAGUUCUGCCAGGAGGUGGUGGACCUUGGGGGCCUUGACGUCCUGGUGACCCAGCUGGCCAGCUGCAAUGACCACCAGGACCUUGUGAAGCAGGUGCUAAGUGCCUUGCGGGCCAUCGCGGGCAAUGAUGAUGUGAAAGAUGCCAUUGUCCGUGCCGGUGGGACGGAGGCUAUCGUGGCUGCCAUGGCCCAACACCUGGCCAGCCCCCAGGUGUGCGAGCAGAGCUGUGCAGCCCUGUGCGUGCUGGCGCUGCGCAAGCCGGAGAAUAGCCGGGUCAUCGUGGAGGGUGGUGGUGCCCUGGCGGCCCUGCGAGCCAUGAAGACACACCCUCAGGAGGCGGGCGUGCAGAAACAGGCCUGCAUGCUCAUCCGCAACCUGGUGUCCAGGAGCCAGGCCUUCUCCAAGCCCAUCCUGGACCUGGGCGCCGAGGUGCUCAUCACGCAGGCGCGGGCGGCCCACCAGGACUGCGAGGAUGUGGCCAAGGCUGCCUUGCGGGACCUGGGCUGCCACGUUGAGCUCCGGGAGCUGUGGACCGGCCAGAAGGGUGACCUGGCACCGUGACCCCAGCCUGGGGUGGCUGUAGUCUGGUGGAGUCACGUGACUUGGGAGCACUCACCUCCCUGCCCCAUUGUUCUGUCAUUGCCAUGAGCACAUUACGGGCAGGCACUGGAGGGGAGGCGUUAAAUGGCCUAGUGCAGGGCCCCCCUCCCUGGGCCCCGACAACUGGGUGGGACAUCACUGUGCUGCCCCUCUGGUGUCGCAGAGCCCGUCUGAGCAUUUCUCAGGGGCAAAGCCACAUCACCCGCCCGACUCCUGGCACUUGGCAGCCUCUGGCUCAGUUCCUGGCACUGCUGCCAUGGGCCCCUGGGACCUGCUCUGGGUUUCUCACCUGUACAUGGGUCUCCAGUGCCUGGCUCCUCUCAAAGCGGCACAAUGUCUGAUAAUAAAGGUCGUCUCUGGA